UUUCGUUCUUGUUCAUUCCUUUCACUUCCCAUAUUUGUAUUCGUAUAUGUGGCCCUUCUCUUUGCAAUGGUCGCCUUCCUUUCUUUCGUUAUCCCCUUUCUCCCCCUUGUAGCAAGUUUUGUGCACCCUGGCCUGCUCGUCUCCGAUAGUGAUAUCUCUCGCACCCAGGAAAAGAUCAAGGCCAACCAGGAUCCAUGGACUACCUCUUGGAAUACCCUGACCAGUCUCUCGUUCUCUGACACCAGCUACACCCCUUCCCCAGUCAGCGUUGUCUAUCGAGGUACCUGGGAUGGCCAUGCCGCGAACGCUGAGCUCCUUUGGCAUGAUGUCGCGGCAGCAUUCAAUCUAGGCCUACGCUGGAAAAUAUCCCGAAACACAAGCUUCGCUGAUGCCGCUAGCAAUAUCCUACAUUCAUGGGCAACCACUCUCACUGCAAUUGACGGUGGCGACGACAAGUACCUCACAGCUGGCCUGCAGGGGUACGAACUCGCUAACGCAGCCGAGCUCCUUCGCGACUAUCAGCCCUUCGUGGACGAUGUUCUCCCUGCUGUUGUGGAAAUGGCCAAUAAUAUCUUUAUCCCGAUGCAUUACAGAUGGCUAAACCAUGAAGAGCCGUCAGAGCAUAAUGUUCUUCAUUUCUUCGCCAACUGGGAAUUGUGCAAUGUCGCUUCAGCGAUGGCCAUGGGUGUCCUAACCGAAAACCAAACAGUGUGGGAUUUCGCCGUGGAUUACUUCAAGUCUGGGGAUGGAACGGGUGCUAUCAACAAUGCUGUCGUCAACAUCGUUGAAGAGCCUGGUACAGGGGCUUUACUUGGUCAAGGCCAAGAAUCCGGUCGUGAUCAGGGCCAUUCAGCAUUAGACAUACAACUUCUCGGUGUGAUCGGGCAGCAGGCCUGGAACCAAGGAGAGGAUUUGUUUGCCUAUAAUGAUAGCCGAAUUCUCCGUGGGACGGAGUACUUCGCGCGAUACAACCUUGGAAAUGACGUGCCCUUCGUUGAUUACACGAACGGCAUAGUGAGCCACACAGAGAUCAGUAGUGCCUCUCGUGGAGCCAUUAGACCUACCUGGGAGCUUCUCUACAACCACUAUGUCAUGACGAAGCGAGUAGACGCACCUUGGACCACUCUGUACCUCAACAACUCUCUUGAGUAUUACGGUGGUGCGGAGGGCGGUGCUGGAUCCUGGGGAGAAGGGUCUGGCCAUUACGAUGGGUUGGGCUGGGGAUCAUUGCUCUAUCACAUGGACGAGUCUGAUGUGGUAGCUGCAGUCUCCUCCAAAUCUGCCUCACCUACGGCAAGUUCCACAGCAAGGGUGUCUACUACAUUGGACUCGGCUCCUAGCGCAACGACCACGGUUUCUAGCGUAUCUAGAAAAAGUGCGCUUGUUUCGCAAUCAACCCCCACCGAUUUUGCUGCUGUCUCCACUGCUUCGGGCACCGAAACAUUUGUGUCAUCAAGUGUUACUACAACUUCAGCCAGUGCAUCGACAACUUCGCCCCCUACACCACUUGAUAUGUCACAGGAAGCUCCUCGCCAUCAUCACCAUACCCAUCAUCACCAUCACCAUCACCAUCACGUGGAGGGUCAGGCACUUGGUGCUUGCCAUUGUGAUCGACUUGAGCCCGUGUGUUCCCAAUGCAGGAGAGCGGGCAAGCCAUGUGGCGGUUAUCGGGACGUGCCGUCUUUUAUGUUCCGUGAUGAGAAUGACAAGGCGGCCCGACGAAGUGCAGAAGCAAAAGCGAAGACCGAGGCCCGUCGAAAACUGGAGGAUAGUGCAGCUCUAGAAUUUGAUAUAUCCACCCCCGGCUCGGGAGCUGAUCCUUCGCUGUCAAAUGCACUAGUCUGCAGGAGCAGGGGCCAACUAAUCCUGACACCGAGAAUUAUUGCCCCGCUAUCCAUCCCAUUGGAGGAUCAGGGGUUGAGAUUCUUUGUUAACCGUUUUGUGACACGGAUAACCAACAGAACAGGUCGCUCUUUGCAUGCAGAUACUGUGCAGCCGUCUCCUCAUGUUGGAUCAGUUGCUCUCGAUCAGUCGAGUCGAGAUGCUGUCGUCUCGGUUGGCCUUGCUGCCUUGUCCAAUGUCAAUAAUGAUAGAGAACUGCGGAUAUUGUCUCGAGAGAAACAUGCAAUGGUCAUCAAGGCCGUACGAGAAAUAGUGGAGAACCCCGCCCAGGCCAAUCCCGACAGAACAUUUCACUUGAUCGUAAUGCUGAGUCUAUACGAGAUGGUCACCUGUACCCCAAGCCAGCUCGACUCUUGGAUAGUGCAUCUGGAUGGUGCAGCCGCCUUACUUAAACAACCCGCCUUUCGGCUAUCGCUUAAGAACCUGGACCACCGAGCCCAUUUACAAUUCUACUUUGUUUCAAUUGUCAGAUAUUUCUCCAAGAGGGUUGUCUCCCCAGAUCUACUGAGCUGGUCGCCUAAUCUCGUAUCAUCUGCGCCGCCAGAGAUCCUACCAGGCGUCGAUCUCGUUGACAUAUUGGUUAGAUUUACAAAGUUCGAUGCAUAUGUGCAUCACCAAAAUCCCGACGCCAGAGCAGUAGUGGACUCAGCACUAUUGUUUGAAGAUGAACUCCGCGAGUGGGAAACCAGCCUUCCAGUAGACUGGUCAUUUGCUGUGAAAGAAUCCAAUACAUACGAGUACACCUUCCGUGGCCAGUAUCAUGUCUACAAGGACAUGUGGGUUGCAAGAGUUUUCAACCACUACCGCUGGGCACGACUGUUGGUCAACCAGACCAUCGUAUUCCAAGUUUCGAAAAUGAUACGACCGACACCAAAUAACGUGAUUCAGCGGCAGCGAGCAUUGCACACGAUUGCUUGCAUGGCAAUUGAGAUAUGCGCCGGCUCUGCAAGUCAGGAAGCUAUCUCCGCGCAAGGAGUUGCCGAAGACCCAUCACAUAUACCCCUGUUGAAUGGUACCUUUAUGCUGCUUUUCCCACUAGGAAUUGCCGGAGGCGCGGCAGGGACCCCUGAUGAGGUUCAUGAUUGGGUUAUUGAAACCCUUGAACGAAUAGGAAGUACGAUGGGGAUCCGGCGAGCUUUGGAAAUGAUACCCCAACUGAAGAAAUCAGUCGGGAAAUGGAAACUAGAUCAGAAGCUGUGGAACAGCAUACAUGGGUAUAAAUAG